GUGAACUGGUGGGAAACAACUAGUCGAAUGUAGUUAAUUUCAAUUAUUUCAAAUGGUGUUAAUAAGUUUCUGCUUUAGAUUUGUAACGUAUGUUGUCAAAAGAAAAACGUUGAUCCAAGUGUUGCCAAAACAGCACAGGUUCUGCAUAACAAAUUGAUGCCAUACGUUUAUCUCGUUUUGUUGUGUAUAUACAAUACAUGUAAGCAAGCAAUAUAAUCGAUGUAAUCUUAAUAAUAAGAUUUAAAUGGUUCGAACGUAUUAAACAGACUUUAAAGCACGGGCGUGUUUUCUAUAAAAUAUUAGUUUGUUUAUAAGAUGGAUGGCGAUGGCGUUGACGAUUCCAGCAACUUAAAUCUAACCUCUAGUAUGGGUAGUGUAUUGACUAAUAAUAAAAACAAAGAAUCGGUUUCAACAUAUUCAGGAUCCUGUUCUACUGAUAGUACAUCUAAUAAAGUGGCAUCAAAUAUAUCCAAGAAGAAUAUAAAAUCUGAUGUAGAUAAUGAGGCUGAUUUAUUUGCAAACGAGUGUAAUAUUUCAGAUGUUUCGGUUGAAAAAAUUACUGAAAAUGUUGAUGAUAUUGUGUCUGAUUUAGAAAGCCUAUUAGGUGGGCCAACAGAUUUUCCAACUCUUGCUAAGAGUGAAAUAAAACCAGCAAAGAUUGACUUAUGUGAAGAAAGAACACUGAAUCUCUUUAAUAGUAGCAAUCUGGUGAAUCAGAAAAAUGUUUCAAAUUUUGAACAAAAACAUAAUGAAAAAUCUGCAACUGUGCAAGAGAAAAAAGAUAUUGAUGAUAUUGUAAGACUGGAAACAAAUAUCAACGAAGUACCAUCUAUAUCUAUGCUGUGCAAUGAAGUUUCAGAAGCUGUAAACGUAUCUGAGGAUAAUAAUAUGCCAGGAAUAUCUGCACCAGAAGUAAAAAUGGUAGUUGAAGAAAUACACAUAGUUGAAACUAAAAAUAUUCAUGAUGGAAAUAGUUUCAACAAAGAGAUCUGCAAAAAAACGGAUGAAGAUUUGGAAGAGAAAUGCUCAUCUAGUGAUAAGGUUCAUCAAAUUGAAUAUGAAAAUAUAGAAGAAAAUAUUGAAUCAAGUGAAAUUAAAGAUUAUACUUGUGAUGCAUUGCUACCUGUUGAAAAUACACAAAAUGUCUCCAUAGUUGAUUCAGAAUCAGUACUUAUUUUGGAUAAAACUGAAAUAUCUAGAAUGGAAGCUGAUCAUUCUGAUCAAUUACUAAUGGAAAAUAAUGAAUCCGAAUCUUUAGAAAAUACCAUUAUUGAGAAAAAUGAAAACUUGAUAUCAGGUUUGGUUACAGCAUCUACAAGAAUUAUUACAAUAGCGUCAACAAAUAAUUCUAAUGAACAUAUGGAUAUAAUAGAAAAUACAGAAUUACCUGAAUUUACUAAAAGUAUAGAACAAGAAAAUAUUCAAGAACCAAAUUCUAAGGAACUAACUAAUCAGGAGAAAGAUGAAAAAUGUUCAUCUAGUGAAAUUAAAAAUAAACACUCUGUAAUAGAAAAUGAUAUUGCAGUAAACAAAAUAUCAAAAUCAACUGGUAAAGAUGAUUGUGAUUUGCUUAAAGAAUCUACAAAUUCAGAAACAGAUCAAUUUAAUUUGGAUAAAAUUAAAACAUCUACAUCAAAAAAUGUUAGUGACGGUGAUGAAACUAUACGAAAUAAUUAUAUGCAAGUUGCUGAAAUUAAUUACGAUAAAAUUGAUAUCAGUGAAACAUUGGAAACUGAUACAUCGUUAGAGAAUUUGCACGAAGAAAAGUUUACAGAUUUGUCAACAGCGGUAGAACAAACAGUUUGUAAUGACAUCAUUUCUAAUAUGAAUAAAGAGGAAGAAGAGGAAUAUGAACUUCAACAAAAAAAUAAUAUGGUAGACAAGAAAUCUGUAAAUUUAAGUAAAAGCGAAAAUUUACCUUACAAUGAAUUUAAAGUAAACAAAUUACAAAAUAGUGAGAUAUUCAAUUCUGUAAUUGACACUGAACCAGAUCAAUCAACUUCAAUGUUGUAUGAAGAAUUAUCAAAAAUAAAAAAAUCUGAUUCUAAAGAUUUCCAAAUAUUUAAAGACGACGAGGGUUUUAAAAAUGAUAACUUAGAAUGUAGUGUCACAGCAAUAUCAGAAGGAACCGGUGAAAAUGAUGCAGUUGAUAUAUUAUCUUAUGGCAAAGUGGAAACGGAUACUGAAAUGAUAGAAGACCAAAAACUUAACGAAGAUAUUGAAAAUAAAUGUUCACCUCUUCAGAUCGAAUCGUUUCAAUCCACGAAUUCUGAAAAUAUAGAAGAACCGACGAAAUCAUCAAAUAUACAAGAAGAAAUGAAUCAUUUUGUAGAAGAUGGCAAAAACAAACCAAUUGAUGAGUGUGACGAAAUACAAUUUAAUAAAACAACAGUUUCAUCUAACGAGCAACGUGAGAUUGAAAAUAUAUUUCAACAGGAAGCAGAAAUUAAUAUGGAAACAGACAAUGAUUUUCAAAUACGUUUAUUAGAAAAAUCAGGAGAAUGCUCUAAUACACUAACAUCAUUGUUGAAUAAAUCACCAGUUGAUAUUACGCAUUCAACAGAUGUAUGUAUCAAUGUUGAAAAGAUCACAUCUUUGUCACAAUUAAAGGAAAUCACAGUACAAGAGACUGCGAAGAAGGACGUUAUUCCGAGCGAAGUGUUACCAAAAAUUGAAAUAAUAGACGAAAUUAAAGCAAAAUCAUCUGUUAACAGUGAUAAACUAUUCUCUUCAGAGCUUGAUACUGUUGACGAGAACAUUAUUAAAACAUAUACAUCAGGAGAAAUAAGUGAUGCACAAUUUGUAACUAAACCAGAAUGUAAUCCAAUAAAGUCAACAAAAGUUGGAAUGGUAUUACUUAAUGAUUCCGUUAAUACGUUAAUGGAAUCAGAGCAAGCUAUUUUGGAUAAAAUUGAAUUAACAACACAUAAUACUGAUAAUGAGAACAACUUUGAAAAACCCUUACUAACCGAAGAAACUGAGUCAAUUCUUCCUAACUUAGAAAAUAUUGAAAUAGCAGCUGUUAAUUCGGGUAAUGAAAUAACUAAAUGUAUUACAGAACCAGAAUUACCUAAAACUAAUUUGGAUAAUGUUGAUAUAACAUUGGAAAUUUAUAAUAGUAACGAAACUUGUGAAGAAAAUAAAAAUGUCCAAUACAGUACAAAUCUAAUUGAAGAUAGUUGUGAAGAGAAUGAUAAACCAAUAUCUGAUAAUAUAUCAAACACCGGAAGUAGCAUAACGGAACAUAAUAACGUAUUUGACAUAUGUCUUGUAGGAAACGAGACGAAAAGUAAUAGCAAGGAACUGGAAGGUGGCGAAAAUUAUAUUAUUGCAGACAAACAACAUAAGAAUGAUGAUUCUGGUAACAUAUAUUCAUCGGCAGAAAUCAAUACUUCGCCAGAAUGUAAAAUGGUAUCUAGCGAAAAAGACGAAUUUAACGGAGACCUAGAAGAAGCAGAACAAACUAUACUUAUUAGUAAAGAAGCGGAUCACGACAACUCAACACAUGGAAAACUUUCGAAAUCAAUCGCGUUGGAAUUAGAAAAACCAACUUUGGACACAAAACAAAUAUCAACGAAUACAAAAUCAGUUAAUCCAUGUGAUGAAGAAUAUCAAAAGGGUAAUAUUAAUUCUGAAAAUAAUGUAUUUAAAGUGGAAGAGAAAACGGAAAUAUUUGAAAGAUCUGAUAAUAUAACAUCAACCUCAGAACUAAUGAAAUCAUGUACAGAUGUAAAUGUAUCAGAAAUAUCUGAACAUAAAAAUGAAAUAAAAGAAGUUGAAAUUGUUCAAGAAGGCAAUAGUGCUAUCAUCAAGCAAAGUGAAGAAUUGGAGCAAUAUAUUAAUGUUACUAGUGAAAAUAAGAAUCUCCAUUCCGUAAUUGAAGAUCAAGCAGAAGAAAACGUAUUUGCAUUUUCAAGUGACAAGGAAGAAAUGAAUAGUGAAGUGGAAGAAUCUGAAAAUAUAUUACAUGGUCAGGCAUCCAUGCUUGUAACUGAACCAGAAAUGAAACAUAUUCAUUCAGAUAAAAUCGACGUAGUUCCCACAAAGUCGGAAAAUAAUGAUAAUGAGGAAUAUAUCAAAGAAAGUAAUUAUUCUCAAGACGAUGAAUUGCUAAAGGCGGCCCUUGAAGCUUCAUAUGAAGAGGAUAAACCUAACUCUAAGGAAGAUCGUACUGUUAUGGAAGUUUUUGAUAAAGAAAGCUUAAAAUCCUCUUCAAUAUAUGAACAAAUUGAAGAACGCAAUAAGCACGAAGAAAAUGUUUUAAUUCAAGCAGCUGCGGAUGCAGAAAAUAAUCGAUUAAAUCAUAAUUACGAAAAACCAUUAAACAUCGUUGUGGAUCCUCCUAUCGAUGAAAUGAAUACUGUGAAAGAAAUAGAAUGUUCUAAUAAAACAGAAAUCUAUAAUAAGCAAAGUGGUGAAUAUAGUUCUAAAAUUUCACAAAAUUUAAAAUUAACAAUAACUAAAAAUAAAUCCGAGGAAAAAUCGAUUUUAAAAAUAUUUGACCCUAAGGAAAGUGAUAACAGUGUUGUGGAAAUUUCACCUUCAGAGUCUGACAGUGAAGAAACUCCCAUUCCAAAGUUUUUAAUUAAGCAACCUCAAAAAAUGAUGUCACCUUUGAAAAUUACGAUUAAACCGGUAAUUAAGCCUGAAGAGCAAACCCAGAAAUUCAGUCCCAAAUUGAUUAUUAAGCCUAUAAUUAAACCAGAUGAAGAAGCAAUUAGAGAGGAAAAGCUACACCACAGUCCCAAAAUCACUAUAAAACCUAUACCCAAGCCCACUUCCGAAGAAGGCGACCGUUGUAAUAGUCCAAAAAUUACGAUUAAGCCGAUAUUAAAACCAAUUGAGACAAGUAUGAGUCCGAAAAUAAAAAUAAAACCAAUCAUCAAACCUAUAGAUGAUGCAAAGGAAGAAGUGGAGGAGCGUAUUGUUUUGAAGAUAACGAAAAAUAAUAUAUCACAUACUGAAGUAAAAAAGGAGGAGAAUGAGAAGCUUGCUAAAAUUAAAUUAAAGUUCUCGAAGGAUAAUCGACACGCACAUAUAGUGAAUGAAAAGGAUAAAACGGAUGAAAAGUGUGUAAAACGUGUUAUACAAGAUGCAUCAAAUGAAAUGAGCGAGGAUAAGGUUAGCAGUAGUAAACGCCUUAAAUUCGAUGUAACAAAUGAACGUGAAGGAAGUGCGACAGUAUCGCACAUCGGCGUCGAUCAUGACGAACAUAAGCUUGACAUUUCGGAUAAUGUUAUUAUACCAGUAUUAGGUGCAGAUACUGAGAAUCAAGAUUCUAAUAGUUCGCCGAUACCAACGCCGAGAAAACGUGGAAGGCCAAGAAAGAACCCAUUGGUGGUGAGGGAGGAAUUUAAAGAUAUUAAAGAAGAGGUAGUUCAAAUUGAGGAAAUACAAGAGAGCCCAUCUGGUCGGCCAAAACGUAGUUGUCGUGGUCCAUCCGUAAGGACUACAUUGGGCAUAAAACCAAGAAAAGCACGUGGUGCUACAAGAAGCAGAGGUAGAGGCAGAGGUGUGAGUACUCGUGGUCAAAUUAAAAAUGAUAACGAAGCACAGAAAGAAAUAAGUGAUUCUAAAAUAAAAUUAUUAAAAGAAGCUGCUAUAAGUGCCCGUGUUACGGAGUCACUUGACAAUCAAGACGUGGAGAUGAAAGAAAUCCUAGAAAUACCAACAGAAACAAUAAUCAUAGAAGAUUCCAAUGAAGAAAAAUUGGAAAAUGAUAAUAAAAGUAUUAUUACUAAAUCAGCCGAUGUUAUGAUAUUCGAGGAUGAAACAAGAAUGAGUGCAGAGAUUAAUAGUCGGGCGCAAACGCCAGCUAAACAAGUGUCUAUGGAUGUAAUUGAAGAGUCACAAAGUUCAAUUCAGAGUACGGCUACAACAGAAAGUACGAAAAUAAGAAAAGGUACAAAAAUGGAAAUUGCAUUAGAACCAGAGGGCGCAAUCAUUUCAGCAGACCAAUUGGCAGAAUAUUAUUGGGGUGGUGGUGGUCCGUAUAUGCUUCAGGAACAAGUAGCUCAGUUUCUAGGAAUUAAAUCGUUCAAACGUAAAUAUCCAGGAAUUCAAAGAAGAACCGUGGAUAUGCAAGAGCGUGACUUUAUUCGAGAAAGCAGUCUGGCUUCAGAGCAUAUGUGCGAUUUAGGUCUCACUGCUGUGAAUAGCGUAGAUAUUUUGGACAUCAUGUAUUCGGAUUUCCAAAAUAAAUAUGAAGAGUACUGCAAACACCAACGUGACAGGCAAACAAAGGACAUAACCAAUAAACAGAAGGCUCUAAGUUUAGCUGCAAGUCAAGAGAAAAAUAAAUUGGAUAUAAUGCAACAAGCUGUAGAAUCAGCAGCGCAAUGGAAUUAUAAUUUCAAUAAAAGCAGGAAAGAAGAACGCAUUGCAUGUAUGGACCUUCAAACAUAUACUAUAAAUUAUCCUAAAGGACGAUUUAAGCAGAUUAAUAAACCUAAACUUGGCUAUUAUCCAAUGGCUUUGGUUCCAGGACAAUAUACCGACUUCUAUAAGACAUUUACUCCCACGGAGUUGAAUAAUUUACCGCUGAGCACCAUGCUGUAUCAUGAGAUCAACACCAACAAUGAAGAGGAUAGUCAAUCGGAUAACUCUGCUUCGGACUCGGAUUCGAGUAGUUCUGGAUCCGAUAGUUCUGACAGUGAUUCUUCAGAUGAAACGGAUUGUAAUUUAUGCAUCCCAUCGAAUGCGAAGAAAGUUGUUACGUAAUUUAAUAUUUAUACUUUAAAGGAAGGUAUGUAGAAGAUGGUGACACAUUCGUAUUUUUAUUUUCUUUUUGCUUUUAAUUAUUAUGUUAACUUUAAGUUAUAUUUGGUGAGACUGGAAUUGAUUUUAUUUUUACAUUUUUCAUAUGCCAAUAUUUACGCACAUACAUAUAUUUUGUAUUUUUUAGUA